CAUCCGUGACAAAUUACUCUUUCUCCUUCUUUCCUUUUCUCAUGUUUCUUUCUCUCUCCCUCCCUCUCUCUCAAAUUUGAUUACACUUUCUCUUUCUUCUCCUCUCACUUUUGCCAGUCUAAAUUCAUUAUAUUUAUUUUUUUACCUUUCUCAUUUUUAUUAAAACUUCUCUCUUAUUCUCUCCAAUACAAACUCUAAAGCUCCUCCUCAAAGUCAGUUUUAUUUCAAGAUGAGUGAUCCUCCAUCAAAUCAAGUGUUGGCCAUUCCUGAAAUUCUUUCCAUGAUUAUGAAUCAACUGGAUGGACCUACCGUCAAAACUGCUUCUCUUGUCUGUCAGUCUUGGUACCGUCACGCCCGUUUAAUUCUUUGGCGUCAAUUCAUUGUCAAGGAUUGGUACAGCCCAGACUUGACGCCCCUCUGGCCCGUGCUUGACCGACAAGGCGAUGCUGUCCAUGCCAUGAGUCUCGAACUCACUACUUCUGCAAGGAUAAAGACCGAGAUCAAUGAAGAUCAAAUCAAAUUUCGGCUCCUCAAUUUACUCCAACGGAUUCCUAACCUCGAAUCCCUACAUCUACAAGUCCCCUACGAAAUCAAAAGUAACCACAUUGUCUCCACCAUCGCAUCUCAUGCUCCACGUCUCAAAGAAUUUGAAAGUGAUAUUCGUGAUUGGGAUGCGACUGACAUGGCCCAUCUUUUGACUGGAUGCUCAGAUCUACGUAUGAUCGCUGGUCACAACUUCUCGGGUCAUGUUCUAGAGGCAAUCGCAGAGACUCAACCUUCACUCAAUCAGAUCGACUGUACUCAUCCUCGCUUUGAUGAUGAUGAAUUGGUCGCAUUCGCAGAAAAGUUUCCACACCUCUUGAGACUUUCUAUUUCUUUACAUCAAAUGUUGACUGCCAAGGCCUUGAUAGGGAUCGCAAAAUAUUGUCAUCAGAUCGAACAUCUAGAUCUUCAUUUCUGUCUUUGUCUUCAAUCCUCAGGUUUUCAAGCCCUCUUCCCAGUCUUGCCCAAUCUACGUUUCUUGAAUCUAGGACCCUCAGAAAUCAACGAUGAGGAUCUGAGUCUCGUAGCAGCUCAUUGCCCCAAACUGGAGACACUCAAGCUCCCAUUCUGUGCCAACGUCUCCCAUAUCAGCGUCACCGCUAUUGUUCAAUCUUGUCGAUAUCUUCGACAUUUGGAUAUCUCUUGGUGUGAUAGAAUCCUACUUUCUAUUUUUGCGGCGCCAGAACCCUGGGUCUGUGACAAAUUACAAUAUCUCGAUAUUUCAGGCAUCCAUGCAUUUUACUCUGUUGAGGCCUCUAUGGCCUCAGCACUCCUACCAAACAUGUAUCAGCAACUCGCUCGGUUAAAUCGAUUAGAACACCUCAGACUAUCAGGACACUCAUUCGCUUUACGACUAUUGGAGGUUGGUCGCCCUUUUCUAUCACAACUGAGACAGCUGAAAACUUUAAAUAUUGAAAAGCUGAAACAUCCAUUGCCCUGGAAAGAGAUCAUCCAGAUCGGAAACUUGUUUCCCAGAUUGAAAGAAUUCAAGUUUCGGAGUACUGAUGUGAUCCCACCUUUAUCAGAGACAGAAACCAUAGCCAUCAAGAAAGCAUUAGGAUCACGUGCGCUACAAACACUCUUCACAGGCAUACAAGCUCAACCAGGAGAACCACUAUUAUUGACGAAGGCUGGAGCUUCGACGGCUAGAGCAUCCGCAAUGGUUUCUUCCUCUUCUUCUCCUUCUUCUUCAUCACCAUCAUUAUCUUCUACUUCAUUGGCAGUAGAUUCAUCAUCAUCGGCAGUAACAUCAUCAUCAGGGUCGAUACCAACAACAACAGGAACAGGAACAGGAACAGAAACAGGGACAGGAACAGAGACAGUUAUAAUUUCCACGGUUCAAGGCUCCUCAGGUAUAUCUGAACCCAACAUUAGUGACGAUAAUAUUGAUACGAAGCUACCUUUAUCGAAGCGAAGACGAUCAAGGUCGCCAUCACCAUCAUCAUCAUCACAACCGCUGCCAUCACAAUCAUUAUUCGGAACUUCUGCUAAUAAUGCAUUCACCUCACUAUCAACAUCCGAGCAACAAAGAUGGCAGGAAGACACAAGUAAUAGUCCUAAUGGGCUGAAGAGCCAUAGCCAAGAUGAAAAACAACAACGGCAGGAAGAAUCUAAUAUGCCUGGCAUUAUCAAGGCUACGUUACAUUCAGGUCUUGAGAUUUCGUUUCGAUUGGAUGGUGAAGAUGAAGAAGAGAACCCAGAUGGAGAGCCAGAAAGGUGAUUCCCAUUAAGGAUCCCUUGCUAGUAUUGGAAGAAUUAUAAAAAGUAAAAAAUAAUGCUAAACCAUAAAGAUCAUGACAAAAGCUUUUUAACACUUAGUUCUUUUAUUCACUUUCUCAAUCAACCUUCUACAUUGGAUAAUAUACUUUUGCUUAUGGGAUUCGGUAUAAAGCAAAAAAAAAAAAAGAAGUAGAAGUAGUUAAAUAGGAUAAAUAAACAAGAG